GGAACAAGCCCCUCCCUCUCAGAGAUUUAGAGACAGGCCUGGCAGCAGACCACACAAAUACUGUAAACACACAGACACACUGAACACACACGCUGUGGGCGCGCACACACACGGAGCUGCUGCGUUCGCUCGGUCCUCCUGUCCCGGGAUCUGUUCUCCGGUCCGCCUGCUGUCUCCUGAUCCCCGGUGACAGAGUGAAUAAGAGCAACAGGCAGUUGAGGUCUCGCACUUCCUCCUGUCUGUGGACGGUACUGUCAUGGCCUCCGUGUUGAUCAGCCGUCAGUUCGCUCUCUCUCUGCAGAAGAACCUGCGUCUCAGUGGUCCAGGGUUUAGAUAUGUCAGUAAAGCGGCUCCAAGGACCCAGGACGAGUUUGACUACGAUGGACCCUCCAUGAAAACUGCAGUCCCUGGACCCCGAUCAGAAGAACUGACGAAACAACUUGGACAAAUCCAGAAUGUUGGUGCAAUCAACUUCUUCUGUAACUAUGAGGAGAGCAGGGGGAACUACCUGGUGGAUGUAGACGGAAACCGCAUGCUUGAUAUCUACACUCAGAUCUCCUCCAUCCCAAUCGGCUACAACCACCCCGCCCUCCUCAAACUGAUGUCCAAUCCCAACAAUCUGAGCACGCUUGUGAACCGACCCGCCCUUGGAAUCCUGCCACCUGAGAACUUUCCAGAGAAACUAAACGAAAGCCUCGUCUCAGUGGCCCCAAGUGGGAUGACUCGUGUUCAGACCAUGGCCUGUGGAUCCUGCUCCAAUGAGAACGCCUUCAAAGCAAUGUUCAUCUGGUACAGGAACAAGGAGCGGGGCCACAACACCCCCUCUGAGGAGGACAUCAGCUCCUGCAUGAUCAACCAGGCACCAGGCUGUCCAGAACUCAGCAUUUUAUCUUUCAUGGGGGGUUUCCAUGGAAGAACCAUGGGUUGCUUGGCAACGACCCACUCCAAAGCAAUCCACAAGCUGGAUGUGCCAUCAUUUGAUUGGCCGAUUGCUCCAUUUCCUAGGCUACAGUACCCGCUGGAGGAAUUUACCAGAGAAAACGCACAGGAAGAGGCUCGCUGUCUGGAGGAGGUGGAGGAUCUGAUCGUGAAGUGGAGGCAGAAGGGGAAGCCUGUGGCUGGGAUUGUGAUUGAACCCAUCCAAGCUGAAGGUGGAGAUAACCACGCCACCGCGGACUUCUUCAGGAGACUCCGCGACAUCGCACGUAAGCAUGGCUGUGCUUUCCACGUGGAUGAAGUGCAGACAGGGGGGGGGACCACAGGGAAGAUGUGGGCCCAUGAGCACUGGGGCAUGGAGGACCCUGCUGACAUCGUGUCCUUCAGUAAGAAGCUUCUGACUGGGGGCUACUACCACAAGGACGAGUUACAGGCAGAUAAGGCAUACCGUAUCUUCAACACAUGGAUGGGUGACCCGUCCAAGAAUCUGAUCCUGUCUGAGGUCCUCAAUGUGAUCCGCAGAGAGAACCUUCUGGAGGAGGUGACCCGCUCUGGGAAGGCGCUGAUAAAUGGCCUUUAUGAGCUACAGGCUCAGUACCCCGGCAUAUUGAGCCGCGCCCGAGGACAGGGCACCUUUUGUGCCAUAGAUAUCUGUGAUGAUGAAACACGCAACCGCAUCCUGACCACGGCAAGAGACAAAGGUAUCCUCCUGGGGGGGUGUGGGGAUCGAUCGAUCCGUUUCCGUCCAGCGCUGAUUUUCAAGGAGUACCAUGUUCACCUCUUCCUCAACAUCUUCAACGACGUGUUGGCCCAGCUCAAGUAAAUCCGGACCCUGAAUGAACCUGACUGGCACUGCAUGAGCUUGAGUGAAUCCAGAAUGAAGGAAAGGAAACUACAGACUUCGGUGUCAUGUUAAGCACAAUUCACACAGCAACACACACAAAUAUCCCUUAUAGCCUCUUUCAGGUCCAAUUGGUCAAUCUCUGUAGCCUAAAAUGAUAACGAUCAUAUCCUCUUACUAUACAUAAACCCUCACCUUUCAGAACAGGUGCUAGCUACUUUUGCAGCUGAGAAUUUCGCAGAAUGUUCAUGCUUCUGUAAAAUAAAGCUAAAUUUCCAAACUGGAGAAUCUUUCCCAUCUGGAUUCAGAACAGACUCUGGAUGAAUGCAUGCCAGAUUGUACAUCAUGUCAAAAUAAAGCACCUUCUUGGGAAGGCUUUAAAUGUGGGUCUGUUCCUUUAGCAGGUAGCACAGCAUCAGUCAAAUGUAAAUAGUAUAUUGAAGAUCUUACUCACUAAUAAGCUCAGUUGAUGGCUCAGAACAAAGUCUUGCGAUCAGCUUGUUUUAGUGCUCAGAUGCUGGCGUCAUCCCGCGUCACUGAAGCCAGUGAGUGUUUAUGUUUCGACAGGCGUUAAGGAAGACAGGCGGUCGUCCUGGAUACAGAAAUAUGUGUUAGUAGGAAAUAAUGUAAGAACGCACAAUGAAGAUAAGGUGGCGGCCUGCAUGUCAUUAAAUUCUGUCCAAUAGAAACUUCCUUGUUAUGAUUCUGUGUUGUCCUUAUUAGGAAUGACUUUUCAGCUUGAAUUGUUGUAGCCCAGAAAAAUGUGAAUCCUAAAUGGACCAUGAAAAAUGUCAUAGCUUGUUUAGUGCCUGCAUGUCACUUAAAUUUGCUACUAAUGUUUUCCAAAUUAUUUUUAGUGGCUCAAAUGGGAGCAGCCAUUGGUAACCCUACAUAACCUAAAAUGUACACAUUUACUUAACUCUGGAAAAAAGCUUCAUAUUUUACAUCUAUUCCUGAAAACAUUUGAUUUUCAUCGUCACUAUGGUUAUAUUAUAAUUAAGUGAUGAUGUCAGUAAAUUAAGCAUAUACGAAAAGUGUUUUUCUUAAAGUUUGCGUCAAGCAGUUUCUGAACUGUCAGGUGCUGUUCGUCAUGAACACUAAAGAGGCCCCUAAGGACAAACACAUGCAUAAGGGAAUGCUUACCAAAUCCCAAAUAGCUACAGAAAAACAUGUAAAUGAAAAAAUGACCCGCAAAGCUAACAAAUAUGACAAUAAUUUCAAGUAAAAACACACUUUAUGGACUUUAUUGGCCCCUUGUUAUUGGGUUAUUAUUGAUGUGAGCUUACAAGCACUAAUACUUUUUUUAUAUGACCUUUAGAGUAGUCCUACUAUACUUUAUACUGGGACUAUUAGAGACUAUAGCUUUAUAGGGAGACAAUAAUAUAUGAAGGAGUGCUAGAUCAACUGGAUUCCCCAGUUCAGACUUGUCGGGGGGGUUCAAUCUUCAAUCGAAAGUAGUUUGGCCCGUUUGGAACAGCCUUAUUUAAUAAAAUAAAAAAAACUCACUUCAGAUUACUCUUUGAAUACAUUUAUACUAAAACACAAAUGAGAAACCUUUGUGUCAAAGUAAGAUUUCCAGUCUGGAAUCUUCCUCGUCUCAUAGCUGCAGAAAGCUCCAGGUGCUCAUUGAGUACAGCUGUGUCAUUUUACCCCCACAGCCACAAGAGGCAACAAUGAGUCCAUCCCAAAAGAAGACAAAAAUCACUUUAAGUACAGGUCAAUACAUACAUUCUAUCCCAGGCAAAACAAAAACGUAGAGCAUAAGGUCUUAAACAACCUAACCCUUGUUGAAUUUCCAUUUUUUUUUGGUAAAACUGCUCAAACUGUUUGCUGAUUGGGUAAACAUGUCUGACCUUCACCAGUGUCUGUGAAUGUUCCACGGAGCUUUUUGGCAAGGGUUACAAAUGUGUAGCAAUUUAGCGCAAGGUCAUUACACCCUUUCUUUUUAACUUUCUACUAUCAUAAAUAUGUAUGUCUGUGUUUUUUCAUUAAUGUUGCGGAAAUGAUAUCCAGUGAGCCUCAUGUUGUGCUGUAUGAAGUACUAGAGAUAUAUUAAAGAGAAGCUGGGCUGCAGGUGUGGAGGCUGAGUAUUCCAUGAUGACCUUCUUUAAACAUUUCAGCAUUAACUAUUUACACUUUGAUCUGAGAUAGAUGAUUAUUGAUGUAAUUAUGUUUGAUGGCUCUAACUGUUGUGGCCUCUGUAAUAUACUGUCAAUUUACUGUGAUAAAUAAAGGAUGUUUUGAAGAA